CACCGUUUUUGCUCAUCGACUAGGAGUGGACGCGAGAUUGGCGCGACUGAAAGCAAGAUCAGCUGCAGGGCCAUCGGCAUACGAGUAGAGUAGAGUUUGCGAGCGAGGCUGCCGACUCGGCAAGAUCCGAUCGAAGCUCUUCCUUCUGUCACAAAUGUCCAAGUCCAGCUCCCUCCCCAUCUCAGAAUUCACUGCUAGCGCGAAUUCGUCAUGCACGUUUUCCUGGACUCUUCUGCAUGCUUCUUUCUAGGAACUGAAGCAGUCAGUCUGUCCUUCGUACAGCACAGAGAACAUCCCAGCUGCUUGCGCGUCUCCAUCCCAGGCCACUCCCUAGAGCUGCUAUCAUGGAUGGGAGCAAUUAGGCGUUUUUGGCCCGCUCGUCAGGGCGCCAAAUCGUAUGGACUGCCGCGGAUUUGUUCCCACUGGGAUCUUUCGUCGGCUGAUAGAAGGGAUCUCGCUCAAAAUUAUCCGUGAGUUUGAGCCGAUCACGCGCGGGUCGCACUCGAGUCAGCGCCUUGUCCCGAAGAGCGGGGGACUGGGAGGGAGUGCGGCAUGCAUGGCGGCACAGGGACCCUGUCUCUAUGGACUCCCUCAAGCUCCCGCUCUGCGGCCUCGUAGCCCUGCUAUCUCUGCUCUACCUGCGUCCCCGCCGCUCAACCACAAGGAACGGCUCCAUCCCGCUCAUCAUUGGAUCCGAGUCCAACCCCCUCUCGACGUACCUCAAGCAGGACCGCACCGGCGUGUUUCGUGUGCCGGGUUUCUGGCACUGGGAAUACGUCGCGAACGGACUGCAGCGUGCCCUCGAGAUUGCAGCUGCGCCCGAAGAUGUAUUAUCGUUCAAUGCUGCAGCCGAGGAUGGCCUGCAAUCCGACUGGACGAUAGGCAAGGCGUUCACACGGAACCCGUACCACGUAAACACCGUUUGUGCUGGAUUGACGCGCAACAUCGGUCGCUCGUUUCCUCAGGUACGGGAGGAGAUGAUCCACGCGUUCGAGUCUACAUUGGGAUUGGAUGGCGAACAUUGGAAACUGGUUGCGGUGAUGCCGACAGUGAGGCAGGUAGUGGCGCGCACGAGCAACCGUAUCUUCGUGGGACUCCCUCUCUGCCGAAAUUCGGAGUUUGUGCAGCUCAAUAUUGACUAUACUAUCGAUAUCAUCACCCGUGGGGGACUCAUCCGGCUGUUACCCGACUGGAUAAAACCUCUGCUAGCCCCCUUGUUAUCAUCCAAGAACAGUUCGCUUCGUCACGCGCUCACGUUCAUGCGGCCAGUCCUCCAAGAGCGCUUGGAUAUGGAUGCUGAACAUGGAAAGGAAUGGGCUGAUCGACCGAACGACUUCAUCUCGUGGCUCAUAGACGACCUCCCGGCCAAUGAAGAGCCUACGGUGGAGGACCUCGCGCUGCGGAUCCUUGCUGUGAACAUGGCAGCGAUCCACACCUCGUCGACGACACUGACAGCGGCAUUGUACGAUCUGGCCAAGUACCCUGAAUACUUGGAACCUUUGCGGGAAGAAGUAGAACGCGUCACCGCAGCGGAGGGAUGGACCAAGGGUUCUCUCGGCAAUAUGCACCAGAUCGACAGCUUCUUGCGCGAGUCGCAACGAAUGCACGGCAGUGGUUCCGUCGCGCUACUCCGCCAAGUCAUUGCGAAAGAGGGAUUCACUUUCUCGGACGGAAUCACCAUUCCAUGUGGCUCCUUCGUCGGCGUCCCCUCGUCUUCGGUCCAGCUCGAUCCAGAGUUCUAUGAGAACCCGGACACGUUUGAUGCGUUUCGGUUUUCCCGGCUUCGGGAGACCAGUGGGACGUUCAAUCAGCUGAUGGUCACGACCAAUGCACGGGACCACCUCGUCUUUGGGCACGGCCGACAUGCCUGUCCGGGGCGGUUCUUCGCGGCUGCAGAGCUCAAGGCGAUGCUGGCGCAUGUCGUGCUCAACUACGACGUCAAGGCGGAGGUACCCGGUGUCGGACCCCCGGAUGCAUGGUUCGGGCCCGCUCGAUUCGCUAAUGCGAAAGGCAAGAUUUGGAUGAGGAAGAGGGUGUGAGGAGCUGCGAUCGAUUACUGCGCGUCGAAGCUUGAAUACUCUGUACUUGUAUCAUUCCCAUGCCACUCUCCCAUCCAUCCAUCCAUCCAUCCUCAGACCUGGCGCACGAACACCGCGCUCUUCUCGAACACCCGGACCUCGAUUUCGGGCAGAACGGCCUUCCAUUGCUCCGUGUUUGCGUUUGUCGUCAUAUGCACAAACUCGGGCGUUUCUGCGAAUUCGGCGUGGGACCAUUCGUGGAACGACAGGUACUGCACGCAGUCCCCCGAGUCUGUGUUCACCCGCCGCCGGUAUCGGCGCGAUCUUGACCACCCAGGGACCCUCCGAUAGUCUUCCAAAUGCUCCCCCUCGUACCACUGAUUGAACUCGGUCUCGUCUUCCGUCCGCACGAGGAUCGCUGCGAGGAACAGAAUCUCAGCCGGCAAGGAUGUGGAGGAGGACCCUGCUGUGUCUGACGUGAAAGUCGAUCGGUGCGCGUACUCGGAUUGUACGGGGUCGCUCGUCUCGAGAAAGUGCAUCCACUGGGGACUGCGGUCGUCGAUCGCACGAUAACGGAUCCCGGAGGUCACUGAAGCAUUCAGUAUGGAUGAAUGGAUGAAUGGAAUGGACGAAUGAGAGAGCACGCCUAUGAGUGCAGUCGACUCGUACACACCUUCCAGCCCAUUGAUCACUGUGCCCCAAUCCGCCUCGGACUCCGUGUACACCACGAGAAUAUCCUUCGUCUCCGGGUUUGUUGCGUCCAUAUCAGUGUGCAGUGCAGGUUCCCUACAAGUUGCGGUGCUGGUGCCCAGUUUUACGGGACGCCAAGCAGGCCGUCCAUGCCCGGCAGACCACGUUGUCCUGUUUAUCUAUACAUCCAUGACCCAAGAGGGGAAACAGGACCGAAUGCGAAUGUAUGCGCAGCCCGUACCUGGGCAGGCCCGCCAGUAUCAGUGUUUCAUCCCUUAGGCGAAUGUAAUGAGUAUUCCUUCGCAACCGUCUCGACUGACGUACUGGCACGACCCUGGAAGGCACUACCGCUGCCGCUUUCUCGAGGUGAAUAAACACUAGGGAUGUCGCCGGACGGGACGUGAUUUGGAUCAAUCAGCUUGAUCUGGUCGUUGUUCCUCGGGUGACUUAGGACUGGUCCAGCUCAGAGUCGUCUCUCGAAAGAAGAAGUAGUGGAGAUUGAUACAUGGCAUGAUACAAACAGGCGAUAUCAG